AUGAACCGCGAGAGCUUCGCGGCGGGCGAGCGGCUGGUGUCGCCGGCUUAUGUGCGGCAGGGCUGUGAGGCCCGCCGCUCGCAUGAGCACCUCAUAAGGCUGCUUCUGGAGAAGGGCAAGUGUCCAGAGGAUGGUUGGGAUGAAAGUACACUUGAACUUUUUUUACAUGAACUUGCAAUCAUGGAUAGCAACAAUUUCCUGGGCAAUUGUGGUGUGGGAGAAAGGGAAGGGAGAGUGGCAUCUGCCUUAGUUGCUCGGCGUCAUUACAGGUUCAUUCACGGAAUUGGACGAUCGGGUGAUAUUUCUGCUGUGCAACCAAAAGCUGCAGGUUCUAGCCUUUUGAACAAAAUUACCAAUUCUUUGGUCCUGGACAUCUUAAAGUUGGCUGGUGUCCCUACAGUGACCAACUGCUUUGUAGUUCCCAUGGCAACUGGUAUGAGUCUAACCUUGUGUUUCUUAACAUUACGACAUAAGAGACCGAAAGCAAAGUAUAUUAUAUGGCCGAGAAUAGACCAGAAGUCCUGCUUUAAAUCCAUGAUCACUGCAGGUUUUGAGCCUGUGGUGAUAGAGAAUGUUUUAGAAGGUGACGAGCUGCGCACAGACCUGAAAGCAGUGGAGUCUAAAGUCCAGGAACUUGGGCCUGAUUCCGUUCUGUGUGUUCAUUCCACUACAUCCUGUUUUGCUCCAAGGGGUCCUGAUAGAGUAGAAGAACUGGCUGUGAUCUGUGCUAAUUAUGGCAUCCCACAUAUAGUCAACAAUGCAUACGGAGUGCAGUCUUCAAAGUGUAUGCACCUCAUCCAGCAGGGGGCUCGUGUUGGCAGAAUAGAUGCUUUCGUUCAGAGCUUGGACAAAAAUUUUAUGGUUCCAGUAGGUGGCGCUAUAAUUGCUGGCUUUAAUGAUUCCUUCAUUCAGGAAAUCAGCAAGAUGUAUCCAGGAAGAGCUUCAGCUUCACCUUCUUUAGAUGUCCUUAUUACUUUAUUAUCACUUGGAUCAAAUGGCUAUAAGAAGCUAUUAAAAGAAAGAAAGGAAAUGUUUUCAUAUUUGUCCAGCCAACUAGAGAAGCUGUCAGAAUGCUACAAUGAAAGACUGUUGUAUACACCUCACAAUCCCAUAUCUUUAGCUAUGACACUUAAGACACUAAGCGAACACCGGGACAGAUCUGUCACUCAGCUUGGCUCAAUGCUUUUUACCAGACAGGUUUCUGGAGCCAGGGUUGUGCCUCUUGGGUCUGUGCAAGCCGUGAGUGGCCACACCUUCCGAGGCUUUAUGGCACAUACAAAUAAUUACCCUUGCGCUUACCUCAACGCUGCAGCAGCCGUUGGAAUGAAGACACAGGAUGUGGACUUGUUCGUGAAGAGACUUGACAAGUGUUUAAAGACAGUAAGAAAAGAACAAAAUAAAGAGAGUAAUGCAUCUGCAGUUGAAAAUUACAACAAAACUGAAGAUGUAGAUAUUGAAGAAAUGGCCUUAAAACUAGAUAAUGUGCUUCUUGACACGUCCCAGAAUUCUUCAUGACAUGUGUAAGGUUUCUUUUUGACUAUUUGAAAGAAGUGAUGAGGCUACAGUACAAACAAAGCAGUUUAAAGAUAGGGCUUGAGGUUUUGGAACUGAGAAUGUCUUGGAGGAUUUGGAGGAUAUUUGGUCGAGGUACAGACUGGGGUCUGAGCUAGCCAUCUGAUGACUUGCUAUUUUUUUUAUUCUUAGACUGCCUCAAUUAUUAUGUUCCUUAACAGAUAAAACUACCAUUAGGAUUUUUCUAAUUGUUAGAAUAUUUGUCAAUUAAGCGUUAUGAUUCAGAUCAUUCUUACUAGCGUGACAAGUAAAAUUACUUCUAAUUCUUUUUGAAAUGUGUAAAUUGUUUCUUCCUGACCAUUCUCUACCAUUCACAAAUGACUUCUGUUUCUGGUCACAGAGAAUUGAGAAAGAUCCACUACUGCUAUUUACAAGAUGUUGGUGUCUGUAAGUCACAUUCUGCCUGUGAAAUGGUCAUUCCCCAGGGAAGCAGAGUCCAGCGUAAGCUUUAGCUUUCACUUAGUGGUUCUCAGCCGGGGAUGAUUUGCUUAUAUCUAAGCAACACCUGGGGACAUUUUUAGUGCUCACAACCUGUGGCGUGCUCUUGACAUCUAGAGCUGGAGGCCAGGGGUCCUGCUGCUCAACAUCCCACAGUGGAUGAGUGGCUUUCUGGAACACAGCCCCAAAUCUCAGAAAUGCUGAGAAGGAGAAAUACCACCAUAACCCAACUCCUCAAGCAAAGUUUCCCACAGCAACUUUCCUUAUUCAGUAGUGCUUCAAAGAAGAAAGCAUUAAAUGUUACCAAAUUAUAUAGCGUUAGAUUCUUAAGUGAUAAGCUGGGCUGCCUGUUCUAAACCUGAGAUUAUAUGGCAUUUGUGCGUUUUUCCAUUUGGGCCAGUGAAAGCUUUCUCCCACUGUUUCUGCUCUAAGCAGGCUUUGCAUACUGGUUAGUUCAGGUGUUAUGCACAGCCAUUAUCAAGAGUGGUUAACUUGGGUAUUUGGGGAUCUGUUUUUGCUAGGAAGGUGAAAAUGAUGUAGUAGGAUGAACAGGUGUAUUUGCCUCCUCCCCCCUCCCACACGCUCACUUUCUUAGUCUGAUAUUCCAGACUUACCGGCUGUAACAAUUUUUGUUGUUUAUGUUUUAAGAAAUAGACUAAUGCCUCCAAGCCUGAGGAAUGAGCGAAGCUUUUGAAUACGCCAAAAUGCCAAAGCCAUAUUCCUCAAGACCUGCUCGCUGGAGCGGUGUUUCUAUGAGAUGCUCACAGGGAUAAAGUAUUCCAUGGGCAGAUCAUUUUGGGCCUUCGUAAACCUGCCUAUCAGCACAUUAAAGGCUCUGAGAAUUCCUUGGAAAUUAACUUAAGUGUGCCCUUAUCCAAAUGUGGCACCCUUUUCUCAACUAAAAACUUACUGGCAUCCCACUGAACAUGCUUUCAAAAACACUGCAGUUGAGAAUGCGGCCUUGGUUUCUGGGUUGUGUUUUUCUCUGUCACUUGCUGGUGUAAACUGUCUCACAUACGAGCUCAGACAGAUACCACCCCUGUCAGUGCGUAAGUUAAAAUACUCUAACCCUAGCUUGACCUCCUUGGACGUCAUAAAGUUUAAUUAUCAAUAUUGUAAAGGUUACUUUUAAGUUAAUUAUUGUAUUUGGGG